CGCCGUUCCAGCAACAACAGCAACAGACUCAUCAGGUACCAAUACAGCAACCCAUGUUCAGACCACAGGCUAGUCCUUUUCAGCAACAACAGACAGUUCCUCAGGUUCAACAGCAACAGCAGCAGCAGCAACAACAGCAGUUGCAGCACCUUCAACAACAGCAGCUACUCAAUCAUCAGGCUCAGUUGCUUCAGCAGCAGCAGCUGCAGCAACAGCUGCAACAAUCCCCUCAAUCCCAAGGCCUUGCCGCCUCUGUUCUCCCUCAAAUCAAUGGACAGAUGCAGCUAAAUCAAAUCGGUCAGCAACAGCAGCGAGGAUUGCAGGGCAAUGUUUCCAUGCCAGGAAUUUCAAACGCAGAUCAGCUGUUGCUCAUACACCAACACAGCCAGAAGGUCCAGCAAGAACGGCAGGCGCAAGCACAGGCGCAGCUUACAUUACUUCAACAGCAGCAGCAGCAAGCGCAACAGCAACAGCAGCAACAGCAACAACAGCAGCAGCAGCAGGUACCGCAGCUGACGCAACAGCAGCAACAACACCAGCAGCAACAGCAACAAUUGCUGCAGGCCCAACAACUGCUCCAACAACAACAGCAGCAACAACUGCAGCAACAGCAACAUCUGCAGCAUCAAAUAUCUCAGCCUCAGCAGCAGCAACAUACCCCGCAGAUGUUCCAAUCACAACUCCAGCAGCCACAGCAGCAAACUCUGCAGCAAACCCCACAGGCGCAGCAAUCACAGGUCAACACAGCGAUCUUGAAUCAAAUGAACCCUGGAAGCGCCAUGUCCAGUGCCAUUCAUGUCCCCACAACUGCAGUAGUGUCAAAUCAGGAUCCUGCGCACCCUAAUGGUCAUGUGGCAGUUGUUUCUCAGCCGGGCUUCCCUCAAGUCAAUGCUGUUAAUCCGGGUGUCCCAGGGCAGGGUCCUGUCAGGAAUCCAAUCACAAAUGCAUCACGACAAGUUGCAGCUGCGGCUGUCCAGUCCAUGGUUGAGAAAAUCCAAUCCAACAAAGUUACUCCAAGUGUAUUGAAUGACCUAACUCCGGAACAAAAGCAGUCGGUCAAAGAUCAGAUGGGGCAAAUGAUGGCAAUGUACUUGAAGCUGGACCAACUCAUGCCCGUCUUCUUUGCUUUGACCAACAAUCGGGAUGCCAUUGUCCGUCUGAUCCUUAUGAAAUUCAUGUUUGAAGAUCAGUUGGAGGCACUGAAGCAAGAGCAAUAUACCAUCACGCCGGAGAAUUUGACCAAGUUGAAGGAGCGACUCCAGCACUACUUUUUGUGGGUCAAAUCAGAAAUGUCGAAUCCUGCAGCAGUGGCUCCAGGCGGGGCUCCUAUGGCUGGAGGCAUCACCAACAUGAGUCAGAUGAACGCUGCAGGUGUGGCACAGGUCCCGGGCGCAAAUCCGAACAUUGGCCCUGGCAUGGUCCCGACUGCUGUGCAGGGAGGGAACAUGAAUAAUGGUUUCAACGGCGCGGUCAAUACAGAGAUGAACCCAAUUGUAGGCCAACCAGCCCCCGUGCUCAACAACUCGGCCCCAGCACCAGUACCAGCAACAGCAGCGACGCCUGCAACGACAACGCAGCAGACAACAGGCGCUUCUGCGACGCCUGGUAUGGUAGUCAAGCUUGGCCUCACGCCAGCAGAUCUGAAGUUACCCCCUCCUAAGAAAACCAACAAUUCGCCCCCAAGCACGUCCUUCCCGGUAUCACCAAGAGCCGAUGCAGCUGCCACUGCUGCUAAUGCUGCUGCUGCUGCACGAAAUGGCGCAGCUGGAAAUAAUGCGACGGCAGGUCGACAGGGGACGCCAAAGCAGGCCAACGCGACUCUUGCUGCAACAUCAAGCGGAGCACCUGAUAUAGUACCAACGUCAGCAGCGAUGGCUCAAGGCGGCACAUCACCUAUACCGGCGAUUAACAAAGUUCCAGAUGGGACAAACCUUACAUCGUCCCAGUUCUUGAUGGCCCAGCGAGCACGGCAAGUGCAGCAGCAACAGGCGCAACUACAACAGCAACAGCAGCUCCAACAACAGCAGCUCCAACAACACGUGGUGCCUCAAUCGCUGCCUCUGCCAUUACUUCAGCAGCAGCAACAAAUGGUAUCUCAGGUUCCACAGCAGAUGCAACAACCAUCGCCUACUCAACAACCCGGGACUGUUGGGCCAGCAGGGCUUGUGGCGAAACCACCUGUGAACACAUUGGAGACCAUGUCCAAGGAUGAUUUGAUUCAGCAGUUCCAGAUGUUGCAGCGAGCACUGGCGGGCAAGACACUUCCAGCGAACCAGGUGGUUAUGGUCAAAAUGCAGUUACAAAAGAUUCAGGUGGAGCUUGCGAAGCCGAAACGACAGGAGCAAGCACCAAGAUUUGGCGCUAUGGCCUCCCCUGUGAACCGGGCCAUGACGGCCUCACCUGGAAUGACAACCGCUCAGCUGUCGACUGUCGCUGUUGCCGGCACUCCUGUCGCAUCCUCACAGCCGCAACCACAGCUCCCACAACCUCUACCGCCACAGCCGGUACAACAGCCUGUGCUAAUCACAACAACGGCUGCCCCAGUGCCUACAGAUAUAAUACCGCAGAUCAGGGAGUUGCAGCAGAUACAAGAGAAUAAGACGAUGGCGGCUGUACAGAACCUGGAUCCGGUCGAGUCGUUGACAUCGACGUACAUGACUGUUGUUGGGAUCGAUAAUACAGGGUUCAUCCAAGACGAGGUGGUGACACGCGAAGGGAUAUUUAUGCAGCACAACACGUUCGAAGGCUUUGUGGGCAAGCGCAUCGGCAAUGGACCCGGCAAGGACAUGUACGAUGAGGAACCUCGAAAGCGAACGAGACGCGAAUUGAAGGAUGAUGCUGUUGCGGAGCAUUUAUUGCUGAACGAAGAUGGACAUCCGGAUGCGUUUAUGACAAGUUAUGUGGAUUGGACGCAAGGGAUUCAAAUAACCUAGCGAAAGAAUGAAAAACAUGCUCCAAAAAAAUCAUUCAGUUUUCCAUGCCGUUCUGUGUAUAUUAGCUUUUUCUUUUUUCUUUUUUUUUGUUUUAGUCUAUUUUAUUUAUUUUUAUUUCUUACUCUUGCAGCAUUUUAAACAGCUAUGGCGCUACUUUCCUAUCCUCGGCGCGUUUUACAUUUUGCAUAGCGAUCAUUGCCGCGCGAAGGGUCGAAACUGGGGAUUGAACAAACGAGGUUCAUGUAAUAAAGGUGAAACCAACAAGCUAUAACC